AGAGAAACGUCUCAUGUGGCAAUGGCGCGGUUGUUGAAAACAAACCCCGGGCAGUUCGAGUUGAUAAUGAAGUAACUGAAAAGUGCACGACAGUUUAACCGUUUUCUUCAAGGUGCAGAAGGACUAUGGAUUUAUCAUCACUCAUAAAGAAAAUAGGUCAUUCCUUAUUGGAAAUCAGAGUCCGAGCUCUCAAAAACAUCAAGAGUAAACUGGAUCAUGGCCUCCUCUCAGUUCCUGAUCUUGUCCAAGAGCGAACACUGUUUGUUUUCCUUCUGGAGUGGUUUAAUUUCCCUGAGGUGCCGUUGCAAGAAGAGGUUCUUCAAUUGCUCUGCAUUUUAUCCAAGCACCCGACAGGUGCCCACAUGCUCAUGGAUGUUGGAGCAGUAGAGUUUCUUACUCAGCUCUCACCCAGUGUGGAGGAAGAGCUGCAGGCCAUCAUCGACAGCAUUAUCGAUCAGCUGUUCCAUCUCCCCGAGCUACCACAAACAUCCAGUGCUCCGGCAGGCGGUUACGAACAACACUUUACCUCCGCUGCUGUUCAAAUGGAGGAAGAGUGUCUUGCGAGAGGAUACUUCCAGAGAAGCAGGCCAAACCAUUCAGAUAUUCUUCCUCAUCGAGGAACAGUAGCAAGCAAAGCGGUCAGGUGCCUGAAGUUUUCGGUCUUUCCUUGGCUGUCUCUGACACCUACAGACAGACACAUCCUGUCAUCAAAUGAAAGCUCCUUACGAAGCAACGACCCCAUUACAGUACGCACCACCUGUGAGCUUCUCCGAGACGUCAUCAUGCAGGACUUUCCGGCCGAGAUAUUCCUGCAACGUCCGAGUAUAGUGCAAAGCCUGCUGUCCUUGCUGAGUCUGAGUGGGGAGAGUGAGGCUAGUUACCUGACUCUCCAGGCUCUGGCUUGUCUGCAACAGCUCUGCUCCAACCUAAGGAGCCGACUGCGCUUCCACAGAGACCCAGGCUUCUGCUCAGCCAAGCAAGAUCUUGUGUCCCAGAAUUCCUCGAUGUCCUACCCCCAGGAAGUGCGAGGGACGCAGCGCUCAGGCGCUUCCUCGCCGGAGGGCUGUUCUCCGAGGCCGUCGGUGGUGGGCCGCACCGGGCAGAGGGUCCGGGGAGAUGGCCAGGACGGAGACGCAGCCUCCUCAAGUGGCAGCAGCGGGUCCCAGGGAGGUGGGAGAGGAGGCGGCCCCCCCGGGCCUCCCCUUCAGUCCCCGCAGCCCCUGGGCCAGCUGGAGCAGCUGCCGGAGCUGGAGGCCCAGGAGGAGGCGCAGGAGCUGCAGGUGCAGCAGUGGAGCCUGGUCCAGCUCAGCGUGGCGGCCCUGGAGCACGCGCUGCCACUCCUCAGGAUGGAGAGUGUGCGCGUGUUCCAGGGGGCCCUGGAGCUGCUGUCCGAGGUUCUGCCCCUGCUCAGAGACAGCGUGUCUGAGGAGCUGUGGGACGAACCCAGCCUCACCGCUCUGGAGCUGAGGGAGAAGAUCCAAGGAUGUAUGGAGACUUUGGGGGAAGUUUUGUCUUAUCACAGCAGCCAAAUGUCCGAAGAGCAGGAGGCGUCGCUGGUGUACCAUAGGAUGACAUACACGAGCACGGCCAUCUUCACCAUCCGACUGCUGCAAACACUCCUGCCUGUGGAGAAGGCUAGCGAGAACCUUCCGGAGAACACUGUGGCGGCCCUUUUCCUCCUGUGCCUGGAUGCCUCCUUCGCUGAAGCCUUCCCCAGUGCCCACGAGUCCGCUGUGGCGUACCUGGAGCUGGCCAGCCCCGACAGCCACGCUCUGUUCCGCCGCGCUUCCCGGGCCGCCCACAGCAUGGAGGCCACCUGCGCCUUCUUGAAGGAGGCUGAUGCGGAGGGAGAGAAGAACUGGUUAGAGUUGUUGGAGCUUGCUGAGCAAGCAGCGAACGGCCUUCCCUACCAUCAGCACCUACCUGUGGGGAAGGAAUGUGUGCAGAUAUGCUCCUACCUGUGGAAGUUUGCCCAGGCAAGCCCCCUGCUACGCUCUCGGAGUCAGGAGGUUUACCUGAAGCUCUUGUCUCACCCCCUCCUGCCUGUCAAGACGGAGUGUUAUACCAGGACCCUCAACAUUGUCAAGGAGUGCCUGGGAGUUCAGAACGUGGCGAAGCCUGUGUCGUCGGUGUGCAGCGGCGUCCAUUUUGUCCUCCACCCUCGAGUCCUCUAUGAGAUUUGCACGUUCGGCCUUCAGGACCAAGUAGGGAAGGUGAAAUCGGCUGCCAAGGAUAUCCUCCUGUUCCUGCUCAAAGGGAGAUUGAUGAUGACAGCCGCGACUUGGAGCAAACUUAAUGAGGCUCUUUACCCGGUCAUCCCCGUCUUACAGAGUUAUGCCAGCAGUGAUGAUGCCUUGGGAAACUGUAUCCUGCUGAUAAGUGAACCAUCAGGCGAGACGGGCGUUGGGAUGAGUUCACACGCCGUCAAGCUACGCGCCGCACUCCGACUGCUGUUCUCCAAGCACCAGGCAGUGCGAGCAGCAGCAGUGCAGCACCUGAUCCCCCACCUGACCUGCACUGAGGGGGGCAGCAGCUCUCGCCUCGCCCUGGACAGCAGCAUCCUGUCCCAGCUCCCCUCCCUCUACCUGCUCAACCAGGCCGUGGAUCUCAAGCUGGACAUCACCGACAAGUCCUUCCUCAAGGUGGAGUCUGUCAAUAAGCUGUACAGCAUUUUCACCUCUGAGACGGUUGACCUGGUUCUCAGGAGGUCUGCCGCAGAGCAGCUGGUGGUCGUCCUGCAGGACACAGCUAUGCAUGCGGCACUGAGGAGCCUUGGAGCUGGCGAGAAAGUGAUCAGUGUCAUCAGUGACAUUGUGAACAACACCAUGAAGAACAUGGACUGCCUGCUGGAGCCCUGCCUGGCUGUGCUGAGGAAGCUGGUGUAUGCGGACCCCACCCUGCGCCACGGCCUGGCACAGCAGCCCCCCCUCCUGCUCACUCUGCUCAGAGCGUCGGCGAUUCUGAAGGAGGGCAAUCAGGGAGGCGUGGUGGAGGCCGCCGCUCUCAUGGGCAUACUGCUCUUUGAUGAAAUCGCCAGAGUGGAUGUGUGGACCGACAGAGCAGAUGGCAGCCCUGAGACGAGCCUGUCUCCGUUCUCCCUCCCCGUCUCAGUCAUCCGCAGGUACAAUCUCCCAUUCCAAGCGGCGUCUCAUCACGUGGUCAGCCCCUACUGCUGCGUGCUGCCCCCCUACGCUGACCUGGUCAACCUGAAGCCAGCCUGGCACAUGCUGCAGCUGGCCUGGAACAGAGCAUGGCAUUCUGGGAUGGAUAACCUCCUGGAGGAGCUGAGGGGAUACAGAAGUGAUGUUCCUGAGUUCCAUGGUGACCUGGUGAUGUCGGCCACCCAGGGCGUUCUCCUGAGGGUCAGCCAUAUCAGGCCGGGGCUGCAGGACUGUGUCCAGGCCGUGCUGACUGCUGGCUCCCACGGUCAUGUGAGGCUGGCUCUGGCCCGGAUGAGGCUGUACCUGCUCACCGACCGGCUAGCCCUCAAGCAGGGAGCCCAAGGCAGCAGGACCCUGCUCAGGGGCAUCAGCUGGCACCAGGCCCUGGAGAGGUUUCUGCAGGUGCAGCCGGCGUGUGCUGAGGAUGAGAGGCUGCUGGUGGAGAUUGUGGCCUUCCUCAACACCUUCUUCAGCCAGCACCGCCCUACCUCCGACCCCGACGACCCCGACCUCCGCUGGAUCCUCCAGCUCCUCCUGAAGCAGGAGCCCAGCACCUUGUUGAACCUUCUCCUGCAAUCUGAGUCUGUGGCACACACACAGACACCCCCCCACCCCCUCACACACGCACGGGCCGAGGGGGAGAGUGAUGAAGAGGCGCGGGCCCUGGUGUCCCAGCGUCUCCAGAGGGAGCUGACGUGCCUCCUCACCACCCUCAUGCAGUGCCUCCAGCACACCUGUGACAGUGUGUGUGUGACGUUGGCGGGUGUGUUGGAGUCGGUGCUGGCGGAGCGCCUGCUGCAGUGUGUGCGUGUGUCCGAGGCUCCUCGCUUCUACGGCCUGCCGUCUCUGGAGCGCACCCUGAGCACCAUGAAGCACCUCACCGCCUUGCCUGGCUGGAGCACACACUCACCGCUGCCAGAGCUGGACACACACUCUCUCUGCCUGAAAUACCUCAGCGGAUUACUGGAGGUCAUCUCCUCGUUCUACGUGGAGUGGGGGGGCAACUCCAUGUCCUUCAUGGGUAAAGGCGUGACCAAGAAUGCAAUCAUCUGUCUGCUGCACCUCGCCCACGAGAUGAUUGCCCAAAGUAGAGAUAAGGACUGGAUGCCCCACUGGUCUCUGUCUCAGGAGCAGAGGGGAGAGGAACAGACUGCAACACGCCUGGGGCUCACCUGGCUCAUCCCACUGUGGUUGGACCGAGACCCUGAGGUGCGCUUUGCCAGUCUCGGAGUGGGCUCAGCGCUGUCGUCAUUGGAGACCGGUUGCCUAGCGCUGGUGUCUAGCUGCCAGAACAUCUCUGGGGGUCUGUGGGGGACUCUGCUCAACAUCCUGCUUGAGCCCAGCGAGAGCAGCAUGGUCCGCAGGGAGGCUGCGUUUAUCCUGCAGAACCUUCUGGUCAUGCCGAUGCCCGCCAACACAGAGGAGGUCAAAGGCUGCGUCUGGCAGCACCCGUGUGUGCACGACGAGGCGUCAGGUGUGUCUCUGGUGGGUCUGCCCGCGCUGCAGGCCCUUCUCUACCACUGCCAGUUCUUCCAGCACGCCACACACAUGGCACAGGCCUGCUACCGCGGCCGCCACGCCUUCGACCUCGACUUUCCCCGCGCACCCAGUCACCACGAGGAGGCCAUGGAAGAUCUGAGUGACUCUCUGCUGCACUGGAGAAGCCCAUCUGCUCAGCGAAGCCACAGCCAAGCCUCAGGGUCCCUCUCCACAUCCAGCACACUGAUCCAGCCAGGUGGGUCGAGCGGAGUGCACACCCCAGCGCUGUCAUCCUCGCUGGCCCCAGCCCAAGACUCGCCUGUCAACAGACUCACCGCACAAGGUCAGAGUGAAGCAGACACCAGCGACGCCGUGAUUUCCCAGGAUUCCCGUGCGAGCGAGGUGUGUGUGGAGCAGAGUGUGUGUGGUGCCGUCGUCACCCCGCCGCUGGUGUCGGCCCUCUGCGGCGUCCUCACCAACCUGCUGGCCGUGCUGCCGGAGUUCACACUCACCGCCCUUACACUCCACCACGUGCUGCCAGCGAUGGCCAGUGUGGUGGAUGCUGCCGCCAUUGAGCGCUGUGUGAGUGAGUUAAAGACGCCCACUCUCCUGCCGGGAGAUGAGGAGGAUGCUAAGAGUCAGGUGUGCUCUCUGCUCCAGUAUAUGAGUGGGUUCUGUGAGCUGCUGCAGACUGUGGCCUUACUGCAAGCAGAGCUACUCCCUCAGCUGGACUUCCUUAAGCCUCUGCUGGGCCACAUAUUCACACUGCUCACUCUCAGUCCUGCACAUCUGGACUCACGGACCGGCGGGGCGCUGCGUCACACCUGGGCCGCCUUGUUGAUGCUUCUGGCCACGCUGCUGCGCAGGAACACCGCCACGCUCUACCCAUCUGUCGCCACGGCGAUGCACAGGCACUGGCACACGUUUUUAGCCACCAUAUCCCUGUGUGUGGACCAGAGGUCUUCUGGGCCUGGCCUCUGCACAUCUGCCCUUCACUUCCUGAGUGUGGUGCUAUCAGAGGAGGCCAAGAGGCGGGACCAGGAAGUGACUGGUCAGCUGACCCCUGAUCGCCACAGCAGAUUGGCUGAGCUGUUGAAUGGCACCCCAGGAGAGCAGCUGUGUGAACUUCUACUACAGAGGUUCGAAGCUACUCCACCUCAGGACCCGCUGAAGAAGCCCACAGCCGCUGCCCUGGCUGCCCUCUUAGCCAGCAGUCCCAGUGCCCAGAGCUAUGCAUGCAAAGCUGGGCUGGUGGACACCACAGUGGAACAAAUGAGGCAGUUUCACGCCCACCUCAACUUGGACUCCCUCAAACCGACCAAGGCUGCGCUGCGCAAAAAGGAGGAGAGCUAUCUGAAGGAGCUCAAGAUGGCCCUGGAGCUCCUAAGAAACUGCCUUUAUCAGCACAGCGAAUGCAAAACUGCUGCCACAGACUCGCGCCUGGCUGCCAUAUUGUACGCCCUCUGGCCCUGGCUCCUGUUGGAUGACCCAUGCAUGACCUCUGCCCUGGAGCUGCUAUGUGUCUACACAGCCAACUGCAGCACUGCGUGCAGUGCUGUGUGUGGGGGCAGUGGCAGCUGUGCUGCUGGGGUCUCCGGUCAGGCGGCGCUGCCUCGGGGGCCGCUGACUAACUCCCUGAUGCACGGCGUGAUGAAGCUGGCCUGCCAGGCCGCCCCCGACACCAGCAGCCCCCAGAGCCACAUCCACAGCCUGGCCUUCUGCCUGCUCGCCAACCUGGCCAUCUCCCGCGACUGCAAAGGCAUCUUACAGAAGAGUAACUUCCUGCAGAACUUCCUGUCGGCUCACCUCCCCAGGCUGGGCCGCAGGUCCGCGGGCUCCCAGGCUUCCCUGUGGCUGCGGCUGCUGCUCAACGUGUCGUUUGGUGAGGACGGCCAGCAGAUGCUGCUCAAGCUCCACGGCAGCCUGGAGCUGCUGACCGAGCUGGCCCAGAACCAGAGCCAGAACCAGAGCCAGCGCCAGGCCGGCACCAAACCCAAAACCAAACCCGCCGCCCUCCUCAUCCUUCACAACAUCUGCUUCAGCUCGGCCAACAAGCCCAAGGUCCUGGCCAACGAUAAAACGGUUGGUCUGCUGGUUUCCUGUCUGGACAGUGACUACCUGGACGUGCGUGCGAUCGGGGCCUCUGCUCUGUGGGCUCUUCUGCACAGCUAUCAGAAGGCAAAGGUGGCUUUGAAGUACACCUCCUUCAGACUCAAGGUUGAUGAGGCGUACUUGGCAGCGAAGAAAGAUGCAGAGCUGAAAGAGAACGAGGCCCUGACUUCGUACCUGCUGAAGUGCCUGGAGAAUCUUAAACAAAUCCUAAACUUCUAACAACUGUGGCCUGUGUAAAUUAAGUUUUUGAUGAAUAACUUAUUUAAAUAAAAAAUGUGAAUAGAUUUUUUUCAGUGACUGGUUGACUUGUUCUGUGAUUGACCUUCUGUACCAAACACAGCUUGUUGUGACUUGUAUUGUUUCAUGACACAUUUUCUAUUUUUGUAUUUUUCAAUAAAAGUGUUAUUGAACUA